AGAGUUUUACUGUAGUUUCUCUACCCAAAAAAGGGGUUCAGUUUGAAUUAUUUUUUCUCUAACUUAUUCUAUGCUGGAAUGCUAAGCAAGAAAUGUUUUUCUAUAUAUGUGUGACAGAUCCGCAGAGGUAGUAGAUAGAGCAAAAAAGCAAAGUGAAAGGGAUCAGUUGAGAUGAAGAAAGCAGAGCUAGUGUUCAUCCCUGCACCAGGGGCAGGGCACCUUGUAUCAGCCUUGCAAUUCGGAAAGCGUCUGCUUCGCCGAGAUGAUCGAAUUUCUAUUACAGUUCUUGCCAUCAAAUCAGCAGCCCCUUCAUCUUUAGGUUCAUACACAGAAGCCCUUGUUGCUUCAGAUUCCAGGCUCCAACUCAUUGAUGUCCCUCAAGCUGAGCUGCCUCCAUUAGAGUUUGCAAAGUCUCCAGCUAAAUUUUUCAUUUUGAACAUUGAGAAUCAUGUUGCUAAUGUCAGAGAGGCCCUCACUAACUAUGUUUCUUCGAGGUCAAACUCGGUUCCAAUCGUUGGAGUGGUUCUUGAUUUCUUUUGUGUCUCCAUGAUUGAUGUGGUCAAUGAGUUCAGCCUUCCUUCUUAUCUUUUCAUGACAAGCAAUGCAGGGUAUCUUUCUUUUAUGUUCCACUUUCCGGCACAGGAUAGCCGGACCGGUAGGCCGCCUAAAGACGCAGAUCCUGAUUGGUUAAUUCCAGGUAUUAUCCCCCCAGUUCCUACUAAAGUUUUGCCUGUGUCUCUGACUGAUGGUAGCUACUAUAAUUAUCUUGGGGUUGCUUCGAGAUUUAGAGAUUUCAAAGGUAUUAUAGAAAAUACAUGUGUUGAGCUAGAGACGCAUGCUUUCAACUCAUAUUCAAAAGAUCAAACUACGCCACCGGUGUACCCAGUUGGGCCGGUGCUUGAUCUCAACGAUGGUCAGGCAAGGUCUAAUUUAAACCAGGAGCAGCGUGACAGGAUCAUGAACUGGCUUGAUGAUCAGCCUGAAGAAUCUGUUGUGUUUUUAUGCUUUGGAAGCAUGGGGAGCUUUACAGAAGAACAAGUGAGGGAGAUAGCUCAGGGGCUUGAGCAGAGUGGCCAGAGGUUCUUGUGGUCUUUGCGUUUGACACCACCUAAAGAUAGCAAAACUUUGACUCCUAUUGACUGCUCGAACCUUGAGGAAGUCAUGCCGGAUGGAUUCUUGGAGAGGACUAGAGGAAGGGGACUGAUAUGCGGGUGGGCACCGCAGGUGGAAGUCUUGUCGCACAAGGCAACCGGCAGCUUUGUGUCGCAUUGCGGGUGGAACUCGCUCUUGGAGAGCUUGUGGCAUGGCGUGCCUGUUGUGACAUGGCCUAUGUAUGCCGAGCAACAGCUGAAUGCGUUUCGAAUGGUGAAGGAGUUGGGGUUGGGGUUGGAGAUGAGGUUGGACUACAGGAGGGGUAGUGGUGAGGUUGUGAAGGCAGAUGAGAUAGGAAGGGCAGUGGCUAGUGUAAUGGAGAACCGUGAGCUGAGGAAGAAAGUGAAAGAAAUGGGGGUGGUGAGCCGGAAAGCUGUCGAGGAUGGAGGGUCUUCCUCUGUUUCACUUGGACAGUUUAUUGAAGAUGUGAUGAAGAAUCAUUUUGGUUCUGAUUAAGGCUGUUUGCUAGGUUUGAAAAACUGACACCAUGUACAAUAUUUGCCUUUCUCAUCCAUGUUAUGAUCUUGUUUAGAAAACUUAGUUCGAUUUUAGUUGCAAAAUAAGGUUCCUUGAAACUUGA